ACUGUCUUCUGACAGUAACCACUGAUGAAGAACCCUCCUUUGAGAAGCUGCCGUUGUGUCCUACAGACAGGCUGGGGCCAAAGCCAUUCAACCAAUCCCCAGAUAAUCCAGAGCUCUUGGGAGCAGAACCUUAAAGAGAGAUAGUGGAGAGAGCCAGGGCCCAGAAGAACUCUCUCAAAGAGAAGAGGGCAGCCAAGAUGACCCGAUGGUCCAGUUACCUGUUGGGAUGGACAACCUUCCUUCUCUAUUGCUAUGAGUCAAGUGGAGGGAUGCAUGAGGAAUGUGUCUUUCCUUUCACCUACAAGGGAUCUGUUUACUUCACUUGCACCCAUAUUCAUAGCUUAUCCCCUUGGUGUGCCACCAGAGCGGUGUACAACGGCCAAUGGAAGUACUGCCAGAGUGAAGAUUACCCACGCUGUAUCUUCCCUUUCAUCUAUCGAGGAAAGGCUUAUAACAGCUGCAUCUCCCAGGGCAGCCUCUUAGGCAGUCUGUGGUGCUCGGUCACCUCUGUCUUCGAUGAGAAACAGCAGUGGAAAUUCUGUGAAACGAAUGAGUAUGGGGGAAAUUCUCUCAGCAAGCCCUGCAUCUUCCCCUCCAUCUACAGAAAUAAUGUGGUCUCUGAUUGCAUGGAGGAUGAAAGCAACAAGCUCUGGUGCCCAACCACAGAGAACAUGGAUAAGGAUGGAAAGUGGAGUUUCUGUGCCGACACCAGAAUUUCUGCGUUGGUCCCUGGCUUUCCUUGCCACUUUCCGUUCAACUAUAAAAACAAGAAUUAUUUUAACUGCACUAACAAAGGAUCAAAGGAGAACCUUGUGUGGUGUGCAACUUCUUAACAACUACGACCAAGACCACACCUGGGUGUAUUGCUGAUGCUGAGGAGAGGAGAAAUAUCUUCAGAGGAAGACCACCAUACUGAGGCUAAGCACAAAUUCGUCUUUUUCCUUGCAUCUGUCAAGCUUAAAUAACCACCUUUAGAAAUACCCUCUGCACCACCUGGUUCAAUCAGCUGGUCCUUUGUGAAGAACCUAGAGAGAAUGCGGCAUAACCACCAAUAAAGGAGUCUUGAUUUAACCCUGG